AUUAUAUUUAUUUUAUAUUUUGUAAACACACAAACAUGGAGUGUUUUUUUCCCGACAAAAGUACGAUUAAAUACGUUUUACAAGUGUAAGUUUCGCCGACACCAUCAGAUAUUUUGAUUCUGAUGAGUUGAGACCUUGAGACGAUUUCGACGCAUUUCGUCAUCAGGAAGGUUUCCAACCGGCAGUCCAUAAUUUGGAAAUAUCCAUCAAUCAUCAUGCUACAAAACUUCAGCCCUGUUGUACAAACACUAUUUGGCACUUUGUUCACAUGGGGCUUAACGGCAGUCGGGUCCAGUUUAAUCCUAGUAUUCAGUGGUACACAAAGGAAGUUACUGGAUGGGAGCUUGGGAUUUUCAAGUGGUGUGAUGAUAGCUGCGUCAUAUUGGUCGCUGUUGGCACCAGCAAUUGAACUCGCUGGACAAGACAGUACCUAUGGAAAUGAUGGACAGUUUUCAUUUAUACCAGCGCUUGUUGGUUUUGUAUUUGGUGCAUUUUUUGUGUAUUUAUCAGACUUAUUCAUAUCAUUGUAUGAAAUGGACGUACUUAAUAUUUUAAUACCAGAAGCAAAUCAGUGUUCAAAAAAGAAGUUUAAAUGUGAUUCUGAUACACAGAAUACUUAUUAUAAAAAUAACCAACAAUCAAUUGGAAUAACAGAUGAGAUUUCAGAUGCACGGCAACGAUGCUAUAAAUCUACACAUCCUCCUCCAGAAUAUACUGAAAUAGAAUGUGAUAGUGAUGUGAAAGCAUGUAGUUGGAAACGUAUAUUAUUACUCAUAAUUGCUAUCACUGUGCAUAAUAUCCCUGAGGGUUUGGCUGUUGGUAUAGCAUUUGGAGCCGUUGAUUCAUCGCCUUCUUCCACAUUUAAUAGUGCUAGAAAUUUAGCCAUGGGAAUUGGUAUACAAAAUUUCCCGGAAGGAUUGGCUGUCAGUUUGCCCUUACAAGCAGCCGGAUGUUCGAAAUGGAAAAGCUUUUGGUACGGACAACUUAGCGGCAUGGUGGAGCCGAUCGCCGGACUUGUGGGCAUAUUCGCCGUUUCGUUGAUCAAGCCUCUGUUACCUUACGCCCUGGCGUUUGCCGCAGGCGCGAUGAUUUACGUGGUCGUCAACGACAUCAUACCGGAGUCAAAUUCCAGUGGCAACGGGAAGCUGGCCAGUUGGUGUUGUAUCGUGGGAUUCGCCGUGAUGAUGUCAUUGGACGUGGGACUCGGUUGACUUCAUUAGAAGACAUUUUUUUGGAAUAGCAAUGAAACUCAAAAACAUUUGUGCUACAACACUCUUAUCGUGGAUGAUAAUCAGGGCCCAUAAUUGGUCAAUAUUCCGAGAAGUAUUUGAGAAAUAUUCCAAAAAAAAUCAUACAAAAACUGUGAAAACCCGUAAGCAAUCAUCAAUUUUUAUCAUGUUUAUCGUUAUAUUAUUAAUAAUUAAAAGAGUAGUAUAAUAAGCUGUAUA